UAAUUUCUUUUUAUUUUUUUAAUAUUAUUAUUUUCCAAUCUAUGGCUGAAGAAGAAGUUUCCAUAACGUCACCACCGCCGGGAACGUUACACAAGUAUCUCUACCGGAACGGAAGAGCCGUCAUCGCCGCGCAGCCUCUCACGGUGGUCCGCUCCGCCACCAGCACCGGCGGCGCGCGCGUCCUCGCUGAACCACCGCCGCCGCCGCCGCACGAAGAAGAAGGACAAGGCGAAACCGGCUUCGACGUCGCUCAGCCGCAGCAACGGCAGGGGUUUUCGUUCGACGAGUUUCUGAAGGCGACGAAGGCGAAGGUGGCGACCGAAGAGGAGGCUCUGAAGUCCAUGGCGCCGGUGGUGGAGGUGGAAGAAGAGGAGGAGGGAGAGGAAGUGGAGUCGUCACCGGUUCAGCCGGUGGCGAAAGAAGCGCGACCGGUUCGACCGGUGGAGGGAGAAGCGCGACCGGUUCGACCGGUGGAGAGAGAAGUGGUUACCGAUGACGUGGAGGUGGUGGAGGUGCGUGGGGUUCCGGAAAAGAGGAAGGUUCCGAAUGUGGAGGAUGGGGAGUUUCCGGAAGAGGCUGGGUGGUCGUUGGUGGAGAGAAAGGUUGAGGUUGCGGUUUCGACGGCCAGGGGAGUUAUGAGAUUGGUGGACAAUGAAAUCGUUCAUUUCAACUUUCCUCUUCCCAUGCACUCUACCAAGUUUCGGUGGAUCGUUCGCAUCUCAACCAAGCGUUCCGGAGAGGUUGGGAGGAUGCCAAUGGAAUGGGCAAAGAUUGUGAUUCCGCUAAUGCAAUCUGGAAAGGUUAAGGUUCGGGCCCGGUGCAUUGCUGCACCAGAAAAACUGCAAAUGAUGCAAGAGAUUAUGUUGUUAGUGAGCUUUUAUAUUCACCACUCUGUAUUUGCUGAGCGUGUUGAUACCGCUUGGAGGCUAGAGGCUUGUGGUAAAAUUGAUGAUACUGUUUAUCCACUUCUUUCCCUAUUGAAAAUGCUAGAGAUCAAGCCAAGUCAGAAGGCAGAAUUCACUCCUGAGGAUAUAGAUUCUCGGAAGCGAUUUCUCUAUCCAAAGGCUGAUCCAGAUGAAGCUGCAGCAUUGCCUCUGAUCAAGCGAAGAAAGGGUGGUGAGCCCUUUCCAGAGCAAAAUAAUGAUGAACAAGCUCUUUCAGAAUCAGCAUUAAAUAAACUUGUUGGAGCUGGAGAAAUCUAUGACCUAAAGGAGAAGGAAGCCCCAAAGGCACUUGUGUGUAAGCUAAAGCCUUACCAGAAGCAAGCCUUGUUUUGGAUGUCGGAAAUUGAGAAAGGAAUGGAUGUUGGGAGUGCAGAGAGAAAUUUGCAUCCCUGCUGGUCAGCCUACACUAUAUGCAAGGGAAGGACAAUUUAUGUGAACAUCUUUACUGGAGAGGCUUCGAAAAAAUUCCCGAAGUCAACGCUGAUGGCAAGAGGAGGAAUUCUAGCUGAUGCAAUGGGACUUGGUAAGACUGUUAUGACAAUUGCUCUGAUACUCAGUAACCCAGGCAGGGGCAACUCAGAAAACAAGGAUGUAGAGAAUGGAGAUGAUAAUAUUAUCGCAAAAAAAGGGAUGAAUGGUAACACCUUGCAUAAAGUGGAGGGUGGAACUCUUAUUGUUUGUCCCAUGGCUUUGUUAAGUCAAUGGAAGGAUGAACUUGAAACACAUUCAAAGCCAGAUAGUAUAUCCAUAUUUGUUCAUUAUGGUGGUGGAAGAACCAAUGAUCCCUUGUUGAUCUCAGGGCAUGAUGUUGUCUUAACAACGUAUGGUGUCCUAUCAGCUGCUUACAAAAAUGAUGGAGAGAAUAGCAUCUAUCACAGGGUCCAUUGGUACAGGGUGGUGCUAGACGAAGCUCAUAAUAUAAAAGCCCAUAGAACUCUGAGUGCCCAGGCUGCUUUUACUCUGUCCUCAUACAGCCGCUGGUGUCUUACUGGAACUCCACUUCAGAAUAGCUUGGAAGACCUAUACAGUCUCUUGUGUUUCUUGCGUGUUGAACCUUGGUGCAACUGGGCAUGGUGGCACAAGUUAGUUCAAAGGCCUUAUGAGAAUGGUGAUCCAAGAUCCCUGAAAUUGGUCAAGGCCAUUUUGAGGAUGAUAAUGCUAAGAAGAACGAAGGAAUCGAAGGAUAAGGAAGGAAGGCCUAUACUUUUCCUUCCACCAAUUGAUAUUAAAUUGAUCGAGUGUCAACAGACAGAAUCUGAACGGGACUUCUAUGAAGCCCUUUUUGUGAGAUCUAAAGGUCAAUUUGAUCAGUAUGUUGCACAAGGCAAGGUUCUUCACCAUUAUGCGAAUAUCCUUGAUCUACUAAUGCAGUUGAGACGGUGUUGUAACCAUCCAUUUUUGGUUAUGUGCGGAAGCGAUUCCCAGAAAUAUGCAGACUUGACCAGACUCGCAAGAAGAUUCCUUCAGUCUAAUACUGAAUCCCCCGGGGCAAGCAAUCAAAACGAUCUUCAACAUGCAGAGUUGAACAAACUUGCAAGUAGAUUGCUUCUACAUUCUGCUUCUUCUUCGCACUCUAUCCAACCUCGUGCAUACAUUGACGAGGUUUUGGAGCAUAUUCAAAAGGGUGACACCGUAGAAUGCUCUUUAUGUAUGGAAUCUCCGGAAGAUCCUGUGUUUACACCAUGUGCCCAUAAAUUUUGUAGAGAAUGUAUAUUCAGUUGCUGGGGCACCUCAGCGGGUGGCAAAUGUCCAAUCUGUCGUCAAUUGCUCCAGAAAGACGAUCUGAUUACUUGUCCAUCUGAAAGCCCAUUCAAGGUCGAUAUUAAGAACAAUGUGACAGAGUCUUCAAAGGUUUCAAAGCUACUGGAAUUCCUGCAACGUAUUCUGAACUCAUCCUCAAGUGAAAAGAGUAUUGUCUUCAGUCAGUGGACUUCAUUUUUUGAUCUGUUGGAGAAUCCAUUAAGGAGGAGAGGAAUUGGCUUUUUGAGAUAUGAUGGGAAAUUGACUCAGAAACAGAGGGAGAGAGUUCUGGAUGAAUUCAAUGAGACAACAGAGAAAAGGGUUUUGUUGAUGUCACUAAAGGCUGGUGGCGUUGGACUGAACUUAACUGCAGCAUCAAAUGUUUUCAUUAUGGAUCCAUGGUGGAAUCCUGCAGUUGAAGAGCAAGCAAUAAUGAGAAUUCAUCGCAUAGGACAAAAACGAAGUGUAAUUGUCAGAAGAUUCAUUGUGAAGGACACAGUGGAAGAUCGUUUGCAAAAAGUACAAGCAAGGAAACAAAUGAUGAUAUCGGGUGCCCUCACCGACGAUGAAGUUCGGAAUGCUAGGAUUCAAGACCUCAAAAUGCUUUUCACAUGAGAUUACUUAUUUUGAAGCUUGUUUAGUCUUUUAGGGCUACCAACCCAAUUUUGUAUAGGUUGUUGGAUCCUUUCAACAGCUAGAGGCUUCUUCUUCUUGUGUACAUAUAAUUAUAUGAUGAUUGUAGACUAGUAACGAAGCCCACUGUUUUGUAAAUCUUCAAGCUUUUACCAGUGAUGGUUACCUUCAUUUUGGUCAUUCUAUUAUCCGUUGAAAAAAGAUGAAUCAAUAAAGUAUA